AUGGCUGGGAAGCGCCCGCGCGCUGCCUUUGAGGCCGACCAGGCCUGGCAGCCUCCCUAUACUUACUAUGGGACGCCUUUGCCUCCCCUGGACGCCGGGGUGCGCGAUGACGGGUCCUACAUGCCCGUGUGGAAGCAAGAGGUGACCGAUGAGCGGGGCCGGAAGCGCCUGCAUGGUGCCUUUACCGGUGGUUUCAGUGCAGGGUACUUCAACUCAGUCGGCUCCAAGGAAGGAUGGACUCCCGCGACCUUUGUCUCGUCCCGCCAGAACCGUGCCCGAGAUGCCAAACAGCAGGCGCAGAAACGACCGGAGGAUUUCAUGGACGAGGAGGAUCUUAGGGAGCUGGAGGAGUCACGAAACUUGCAGACGAAGGAAGGUUUUGCGGGGUUCGGUUCGACCGAGACCGAUGCUACGAGACGAGCCGGGCUCAUGGACUUGCUGAAAGUCGGCGGCGAAACAAUGGGUGUAAAGCUGCUGAAGAAAAUGGGAUGGCGAGAGGGACAAGGCAUUGGUCCCAAGGUACGGCGCAAAGCUGAUCUGGGCGAUGCUCCCUGUGAAGGCCCCGAGCAGACGUAUAUGUUCGCACCGGAAAACCCCCCGAUGGUUGCCUUUAUUCGGAAGACCGACCACAAGGGUCUUGGAUUUGAAGGCGAAGCCCGUUUGGAAGAACGCGAUGGUUCGCGCGACGAACCCGAGGAAUCAGACUCGUUCUUUGGCGGGCGUCUAGCCGUUCAAGGGAAAGACAAACCGCCAACGGCGAAAGAAACGCGACGAGGAGGAAUCGGCAUUGGCAUUCUCAACGACACAGGAUCAGACGAUGAAGACCCCUAUUCCCUCGGUCCUUCAAUAUCAUACAACCGAACCAUCGGCGACAAGAAGAAAAAGAAGAAGCUCAAAGCAGAGGAAGGGAGGCCAACAAUCGCAUCCUCCAAUCCGCUGUUGAAUGCCAAUGCGAAACCAGUCUUCAUAUCGAAGAAAUUGGCUGUUUCCCGUGGUGCAGGAGGGUUCAGGAAAUGCCGCGAUGGACGACUACCGCUGGAUGGAUUCGUUCUUGCCGAGCUAUCAAGCAUGUCCAUAUCAGAUAAGAAAUACGAGCCUCCCCAAAUCCCCGAAGGCUGGACCUCUGCGAAGCAAUCUGCCUCCACCGAGCGGGAUGCAUCGAGCUAUGUCUCUACAGCCGAGGCUGCCAAGGCAUCUGCACUCGAUCCCACGUCACGAGCUGCCGUCUUGGGCGAGGCCCAGCUACCAGGAAAAUCCGUCUUCGACUGGAUGACGCCCGAGGCACGCGAACGAAUUGCGAAACUUACGGGCAACACUAAUCUCCCCCCGGCUCUGGGCGAAAAGGCGCCGAAAGGUUUUGAAUUAUCUGAUUCGCAAAAGCGAAAAGAUCUGUGGGACCUUGUGCCCAAAUUGGACAAGCAAACCGCUGUUCAAGCCUUGACUCGAGCCGUCAGCGGCUGGAUGCCCUACUCGGAAGAUGAGGACAAGCGUGCACGAUACCGCACGUUCCUCGAAGUCCGGGCAGAGAUCCGUGACUCCCUUCCGGAUCGAGUGCAAGGUUCCAGCACGGACGACUGGGUGACCGAGAUGAACGAGUUUGCCCGGGCUGCCGAAGUGUUCAAGCCCAUGUCUGGCAUCAUGGCAUCGCGAUUCACAUCGGCAUCUUCAGGCCCCAAAGUUGCCUCUGAUGCACCCGACUCAGCCGAGUCCGCUCUCACCCGUCCUGCGGAGAAGCCCGACCCUCCAGCCGUGGCGGCGGCGAAGAUUGGCAUGUUCGGUCAAAUGACCCGAAGCACUAUACCUUUCUAUCCUCAUCGUCUUCUAUGCAAGCGCUUCAAUGUCAAGCCGCCUGCUAAUGUACAACAAGAUGAUGGGGAGCAGGCAUCCAAUCCCGGGCCUGGUAGCCGGUUCCAGUCUGGAGGAUAUCAGACGGACUCCGCAUCGCGGGAACUGGUCUCGCAGGAAGUGAUGAACAUGAUCAUGAUGGAAUCUGGACGCCAGCCUACCGCCAGCUCUGAUGCUGCUGGAUCAGGCGUCCCGAAGCCACCACCAGCACCGGCGCCAGUUGUUGAACCCGAGCGCAACGAUGCCCUCGAAGCCGACCGACCGGGUGAUGCAGUGUUUAAAGCGAUCUUUGGCAGCGACGACGAAGAUUAA